UACGUCCUACCCCUCGAUAAAGCUGAGGUCCUGAAAACGGGCUCAGACAUGACAAUCGUGUCAUACGGCACGCCACUCUAUACUUGUGAAGCAGCGAUUAAAAAGGCCGAGGCGGAUUUCGGGUGCAGCAUUGAGCUGAUCGAUUUGCGGACCAUCUAUCCCUGGGACCGGGAAACAGUUUUGAAUAGUGUACGGAAAACGGGACGCGCUAUGGUCGUCCAUGAGAGUAUGCAAAAUGCGGGUGUCGGUGCAGAGGUCGCGGCGACGAUCCAGGAGGGCGCGUUUACGAGACUUGAGGCGCCGGUGAAGAGAGUUGCGGGUUGGGCGACGCAUACGGGACUGGCUUAUGAGCAGUUUAUUAUUCCUGACGUGACGAGGGUGUAUCACGCAAUCAAGAACUUGCUUGAGUAUUAA